AUGGCGCUCAUGGUGACAAUCCCAGUCAUGAAUUUGGGUAUGCUGAUGGGCUGGCAGUCACCCAUGACACCGAUUCUACAAGACCCCGGGGGUCCCGCGCCAGAACCCAUCACCGAUGACACCAUAUCCUGGAUGGCUUCUGCCAUUUUCAUACCGCCGAUCUUUUGCGGGUUUUUGGCGGGAGAUCUUGCGGACCGAUGGGGGAGAAAGAUAACUACGAUGCUGACCUCGCUUAUGCUUUUGGUAAGUUGGGUAAUCACGCUGUUCUCCUUGCGGCCGUGGGCGCUUAUCACGUCGCGUGCUGUGGCGGGGCUGGCGUGCGCCGGCUGUUAUGUUGUGGCACCACUCUACCUGAAGGAGAUAGCGUCGGACAAUGUCAGAGGGGCGAUGGGAUCGCUGUUCAUCCUAUCACAGAACCUGGGCUACUUGAUUGUAUACGUGGCUGGUGAUGUGUUCUCGUUUGGGGCAGUGAUGUGGAUGUGCACUGCUGUUCCCGUUCUGCAUCUGAUCGCGUUCCUCGCCAUGCCUGAGACGCCAGUUUUCCUCGUCAAGCAGGGAAAGUUUAAGGAAGCGCGGACAGCGUUGGCUUGGUUACGAAAAACAAGCGUUGAAGAUAAAAACCUGGAGGAAGCGGUGCAGCAACUCGAACGAGAGGAAGAGUUAGCCAAGUCUAUGCAAAAGGCUAGCUGGAAGAGCAUAUGGAAAGAUAAAACAACAUUCAAGGCGUUCCGUAUCUCCCUCAACGUUAUGUUAUCGCAAGAGACCUGCGGCUACCUGGUCGUGCUGAUGUACGCCGGUUCCAUAUUCGAACAGGCAUCCGAGUCCAUCAGCCUCAAGCUCAGUCCUAACAAGCAGACCAUUGUUGUUGGGGUCAUACAACUGCUUGGUUCGAUUGUCGCCAGUUGCAUUGUGGAGAAAACUGGUAGAAAGUGGCUCCUGGCCGGCACAUCGUUCGCCACAGGGCUCUCCAUGCUGUCCCUGGGCGCGUGGUUCUACAUAACGUCGUGGUCGGUGUGGCUGCCGGGCUGGCUGCCCGUGCUCGCCAUGUGCCUGUGCAUUUUCGCUGAUGCGGCCGGCUACCAGCCCGUACCCUACGUGAUCACCUCCGAACUGUUUUCUUUUCAACACCGGGGUAUGGUCACGUCUUUCGUCAGUAGCAUCGACGCACUCAGUGACUUCCUUCAAACGAAAGCCUAUGAUCCACUCCUCAAGCUUCUGGGCAUACACUGGGUUUUCAUUAUGUUUUCCGUGGUUUGCUUCUUCGGAACACUUUACACCAUAUUGUAUGUACCGGAGACGAAAGACCGGACCGUAGAAGAAAUACACGCGAUUCUAGAAGAUGGCAGAAAGAAAGAGAAAAGGAAAGGAAACGUAGAAAACGGCAAGGAAACUCAGUUAUAA